UCAAAUCAGAUGCAAACAGACUCGUUAUCUUCAUCCCCUAAUCCUGUGUUACCUGUGCCUCUGAAUAACCCAGCAAGUGCCCCAAGAUAUGGAACAGUGAUUCCUAAUCGCAUCUUUGUAGGAGGAAUUGACUUUAAGACAAAUGAAAAUGACUUAAGAAAAUUUUUUUCCCAGUAUGGCUCAGUAAAAGAAGUGAAGAUUGUAAAUGACAGAGCUGGAGUGUCCAAAGGGUAUGGUUUUGUCACUUUUGAAACACAAGAAGAUGCACAAAAAAUUUUACAAGAGGCUGAAAAACUUAAUUAUAAGGAUAAGAAAUUGAACAUUGGUCCAGCAAUAAGAAAACAACAAGUAGGAAUUCCUCGUUCCAGUAUAAUGCCUGCUGCUGGAACUAUGUAUCUAACAACCUCUACUGGCUAUCCCUACACUUACCAUAAUGGUGUUGCUUAUUUUCAUACUCCAGAGGUAACUUCUGUCCCACCAACUUGGCCUUCACGUUCUAUAUCUAGUUCCCCUGUAAUGGUAGCUCAGCCAGUUUAUCAGCAACCAACGUAUCACUACCAGGCUCCUACCCAGUGUCUACCAGGACAGUGGCAGUGGAGUGUUCCUCAGUCUCCUACAUCUUCUGCUCCUUUUCUGUAUCUGCAACCUUCUGAAGUUAUUUACCAUCCAGUAGAAAUUGCACAGGAUAGUGGAUGUGUUCCUCCUUCGCUGUCUCUGAUGGAAACUUCUGUUCCAGAGCCUUAUUCUGAUCAUGGAAUUCAAGCAGCAUAUCAUCAGGUUUAUGCUUCAAGUACCAUUGCCAUGCCUGCCCCUGUGAUGCAGCCUGAACCAAUUAAAGUAAGAAGCCUGUUUUGA